AUUCUAUUCAUUCACAUGGUCAUCAAUGACAUGCUCCAAUUGACUCUAGCAAUGAUUCUGUACAUUGUCAGAAAUGUAUUUUACACAGUAAAAAUUUACCUUUGUUGUUUACCUGCUCUGCUGGCUUUGUUUGCAACAAUGGUCACCCCGCUGAACCUUGCUGCCAUGGCUGUUGAGCGCUACAUUGCCAUCUGCAAUCCUCUGCGUCACUCUCAGAUUUGCACAGUCAAGUGGACUCACUUGCUCAUUGGUCUGAUUUGGGUAGUCGCUGUCAGUCCCUUCAUUCCUGAUUUGUUGGUAACCCUAGCAGUAGAGCCUCUGAGUUUUUUUUACUCUUCUAUUUUUUGCCAUUCAGAUUAUAUUUUAACAGCUCCUUAUUUAGUCUACAAAAGACCCAUAAUGGAUGCAUUGUACUUCUCUUUUGUCACCUUGACUCUACUAUACACCUACGUAAGAAUUGUGUUUGAAGCUAAGAGAGCCACCUCAGAAAAAUCUUCUGCCACUAAAGCUCACAAUACAAUCCUGCUGCAUGCCUUUCAGCUUCUCAUGUGUUUACUAAUAUAUGUAGUUCAGCCAAUUCAGAGUGCACUGUUCAAUACAUUACCAGACAGUAUCCCACAUAUUCGCUAUUUUGUUUUUGUGACAGUAUAUAUGUUACCCAGGUUUCUCAGUCCUAUCAUGUAUGGUGUGCGAGAUGCAGCAUUUAGAAGAUACUUGAAAAAAUACCCAGUGUGUCAUAUGAAAAGAACUAAGUGGUGUAGUCGGCAGGAUUUUGCCUCCAAGCUGACCCUGGAGUGGGACCUGAGAGACAUCCUAAUAGCCAUCUCAAUGGAGCUCCAGGUCCUAAGGGUCCAAGUGGGAGAGUACCACAUUCUGAUCACUGAGUAUGAGGCAUAUUUUGCUGUUCGAAAGGACCAGGUGUGA